AUGUCCUGCCAGCAAAACCAGCAGCAGUGCCAGCCCCCUCCCAAGAGCCCCACCCCCAAGUGUCCCCUCAGGAGCCCAGCACAGUGUUUGCCUCCUCCGGCCUCCUCAGGCUGUACUCCCAGCUCUGGGGUCUGCCAUGGCCCCAGCUCAGGGGCCAACUGCUGCCUGAGCCCCCACGGAGGCCACAGGUCCCACAGGGGCCGCAGGUCCUAUGGGUGCAGGCGCCAGAGCUCCAGCAACUCUGACAGAGCCAGUGGGCAGCAAUAG